AUGGUGGCUGAUUAUUUUCAGGCUCUUUUUCAAGAAGAUGGUAGUUGCGACGUGUCACUAGCGUUACGUGGGAGCUUCCCUGUCUUAAAUGCAACUCAAAAUUUGUUUAUAAAUGGGGAAUUCUCGUGUGAUGAAAUUAAACAAGCUUUGUUCGAUAUGGCUCCCUUCAAAGCUCCUGGCCCGGAUGGCUUUCAUGCAAAAUUGUAUCAGAGGAUGUGGCUUGUUGUUGGUGAUAGUUUGUGCAAGUUUGUGAUGCAUUUUUUUGAGACUGGUUGUCUGCCUCCAGAUAUUAAGGAUACAUUGUUGGUGCUUAUUCCAAAGGAAGUUCUCCAUUCAAUGGGAAAAAAGUCCACUAGUAAGGGGUUUAUGGCGGUGAAGAUUGAUCUUGAAAAGGCCUAUGAUCGUUUGUCAUGGGAUUUUAUCCAAGAUACUUUGAUGGAGGUGGGUCUCUCUGAGGCUUGGGUUCGAAACAUAAUGAGCCGCGUCACCUCUUCCUGGGUGUCGAUUGCUUGGCAUGGUCAGUUGAUGGAUUGGUUUCAUCAGAGUCAAGGUGUUCGUCAGGGUGAUGCUAUCUCUCCCUAUUUAUUUGUGUUGUGUGUUGAGAGGUUGGGCCAUCUUAUUAACAAGGCGGUUUCAGUGGGAGAUUGGAAAGCGAUUAAACUUGCGACCUAUGGUCCCGCUUUAUCUCUUCUGUUCUUUGCGGAUGAUAUGGUUUUAUUUGCCAAAGCAAUUGUUGAUCAGAUGAAAAUUAUUUUAAAUUGUCUUGAGUGUAUUUGUGCAAGUUCAGGACAACGAGUAAGCUUUCAGAAGUCAACCAUGUUUGUUUCUAAGAAUGUUGAUAGAGGUUUGGCCCUUGAAUUAUCUCGUAUGUUUGGGAUUCCUUUAACGGAUAAUUUGGGUCAAGGUACUCCUUCGAUCCAUGGCCAUCAGACAGUAUGGAUAUACAAGAGCCACUGUGGGUGCUCUAAGUACCUUUCGCUAGCAGGUCGUAUUACUUUAGCGAAGACAGUUUUGAUGGCGAUUCCAAUGUAUGUUAUGCAAACUGCUUUAUUACCAAAAGAGUUGUGUUUACAUAUUGAGAAGGAGAAUGCAACAAAUGAAUCAAGCUUUUUUGGCAAAGGUAGGGUGGGUCUUAUUCACGAGAAGAAGAGUUUGUGGGCUCAGGUUGUUUCUAGUAAGUACAUGAAGCGAGGUGUUUGUGUUUCCAAGUUUGAGGUGAAACAAAGGUCUUCAAACUUGUGGCGUGGGUUAGUUUCUGCGAAUCCUAUCUUAAAUCAAGGAAUGAAGAAGCUCGUUCGAAAUGGGAAGCAAACUCUAUUUUGGUUAGAUAUUUGGCUUGGAGAAUCUCCGUUAAUUGACCUGUGUGUACAAGAGAUUGGCCUGGUGGACAUGUAUAGGACUGUGGAGAGUUAUUGGCCAGGUAGCGAUGGUUGA